AUGAUCGCCGCGGCUUUCCUGGUCCUGCUGAGACCCUACAGCAUCCAGUGCGCCCUCUUCUUGCUCCUGCUGCUGCUGGGGACCAUUGCCACGAUUUUAUUCUUCUGCUGCUGGCACCGCAGGCUCCAGAAAGGGAGGCAUCCCAUCAAAUCCGUCUUUUCAGGUCGCUCAAGGAGCCGAGAUGCUGUCAUGAGAACUCAUCACUUUCGCUCUGAGGGCUUUAGAUCCAGCCCUCGCCAUGCCAGAAGACGAGUAGCACCUCGCCUGGAGGAAACACAACCCAUAGUGGAAGCUCACCACCUCAGUGAGCAGGAAACUUCUGUAAGAAAAAGAAAAAUCAAGAAAAGCAGCCGAGUCCAACCAGAAUUUUACCAUUCUGUUCAAGUUACCCCAACUCGAAAACCUAGCUCCGGCAACGCGUCCUACCGAUGCUCCAUGUCGUCCUCCGCCGAUUUCUCCGACGAGGAGGACUUCAGCCAGAGGUCGGGGACGGUGUCGCCGGCGCCGGGGGACACGCUGCCCUGGAACCUGCCCAAACACGAGCGGUCCAAGCGGAAGAUCCAGGGCGGCUCAGUGCUGGACCCCGCCGAGCGGGCCGUGCUGCGCAUCGCCGAUGAGCGUGACAAAGUACAAAAGAAGACAUUCACAAAAUGGAUAAAUCAGCAUCUCAUGAAGGUUAGAAAGCAUGUGAAUGACCUAUAUGAAGACCUAAGAGAUGGACAUAACUUAAUCUCACUUCUAGAAGUCCUUUCUGGAGACACCUUGCCCCGAGAAAAAGGUCGGAUGCGUUUUCACAGACUGCAGAACGUCCAAAUUGCACUUGACUAUUUGAAAAAGCGCCAGGUGAAACUGGUUAACAUCAGAAAUGAUGAUAUAACAGAUGGGAAUCCCAAAUUGACUUUGGGGUUGAUAUGGACCAUAAUUUUGCACUUUCAGAUAUCUGAUAUCCAUGUUACUGGGGAGUCAGAGGACAUGUCUGCUAAAGAGAGACUGCUCCUGUGGUCGCAGCAAACAACAGAGGGUUAUGCUGGAGUACGUUGUGAAAAUUUCACUACCUGCUGGCGCGAUGGAAGGUUAUUUAAUGCCAUCAUUCAUAAAUACAGGCCGGACCUGAUAGACAUGAAUACCGUUGCUGUUCAAAGCAACCUCGCAAAUUUAGAACAUGCUUUUUUUGUAGCAGAAAAACUUGGUGUUGCCAGACUUCUGGAUCCUGAAGACGUCGAUGUUUCCUCACCUGACGAAAAGUCAGUAAUAACUUAUGUGUCAUCACUUUAUGAUGCAUUUCCCAAAGUACCAGAAGGUGGUGAAGGCAUCAGUGCAAAUGAUGUUGAAGUCAAAUGGGUUGAAUAUCAGAAUAUGGUGAACUACCUCAUGCAGUGGAUCAGACACCAUGUCACGAUAAUGUCUGACAGAACAUUUCCCAAUAAUCCUGUGGAAUUGAAGGCACUUUAUAAUCAAUAUUUACAGUUUAAAGAAACAGAAAUUCCACCGAAGGAGACAGAUAAAUCAAAAAUCAAACAUCUAUAUAAACUGCUAGAGGUCUGGAUAGAAUUUGGACGCAUCAAACUUUCUCAAGGCUACCAUCCAAAUGAUAUAGAAAAGGAAUGGGGAAAGCUGAUUAUUGCCAUGCUCGAAAGAGAGAAGACCCUUCGGCCUGAAGUGGAGAGGUUGGAGAUGCUGCAGCAAAUUGCGAACAGAAUUCAGCGGGACAGCCGGAGCUGUGAGGACAAACUGAUACUUGCCCGGAAUGCUCUGCAGUCUGACACCAAGAGAUUGGAGUCAGGGCUCCAGUUCCAGCAUGAGGCAGAGAUAGCUGGGUAUCUUCUUGAAUCUGAGAAUCUUCUCCGCCAGCAAGUGAUUGAUGCCCAAAUUCUUAUUGAUGGAAAAUACUAUCAAGCAGACCAGCUUGUUCAAAGAGUUGCAAAACUUCGUGAUGACCUGAUGGCUCUGCGGACCGAGUGCUCUUCCGUGUACAGCAAGGGGCACGUUCUGACCACGGAGCAGACAAAGCUGAUGAUAUCAGGAAUAACAGAAAGCUUAAACUCAGGAUUUACAUCAAACCUAACGCCUGAAUUAAAUGCUGCAAUGACACAAGGUUUAACACCUACUUUGACUUCUUCCAGUAUGACAUCUGGCCUCUCAUCAGGUCUGAGCUCCAGACUGACGCCGACCGUGACUCCCACCUACCCGCCAGGCAUCCCGCCGCGGCUAAUUCAGAGCUACGUGACGGGGGUCGACAGUGGGACUCUGCAAACACUCAAACUGAUGCAAAUCAGAAAACCUCUCAUGAAAUCGGCUUUCGUGGAUCAGAAUCUGACAGAAGAGGAGGUGAACAUGAAGUUUGUCCAGGACCUAUUGAGCUGGGUGGAAGAAAUGCAGGUUCAACUUGAUCGAGCAGAAUGGGGUUCAGAUUUGCCAAGUGUUGAAAGCCAUUUAGAAAAUCACAAAAAUGUCCACAAAGCUAUUGAGGAAUUUGAAUCCAGCCUUAAAGAAGCUAAAAUCAGUGAGAUCCAAAUGACUGCCCCUCUUAAACUCAGUUAUGCAGAAAAACUGCACAAACUGGAGAGUCAGUAUUCAAAACUCUUGAACACAUCAAGAAAUCAGGAAAGGCAUCUAGAUACUCUUCACAAUUUUGUGUCUCGUGCUACUAGAGAGUUGAUAUGGCUGAAUGAAAAAGAAGAGGAAGAGGUUGCAUAUGACUGGAGUGAAAGAAACCCCAAUAUAACAAGAAAAAAGGAAUAUCAUGCAGAAUUGAUGAGAGAACUUGAUGAAAAAGAAGAAGUUAUUAAAUCAGUACAAGAAAUAGCUGAGCAAUUGCUUCUUGAAAACCACCCAGCCAGGCUAACCAUUGAGGCCUAUAGAGCUGCAAUGCAGACACAAUGGAGCUGGAUUCUGCAGCUCUGCCACUGUGUUGAACAACAUUUGAGAGAAAAUGCUGCAUAUUUUGAGUUUUUCAGCGAUGCCAAAGAAGCCAUGGAAUAUUUGAAGAAUUUAAAAGAUACCAUAUACCGAAAAUACAGCUGUGAUAGAUCAAGCAGUCUUCAUAGGCUGGAAGACCUUGUCCAGGAGUCUAUGGAAGAAAAAGAACAACUCUUGCAGUAUAAGAGCACAGUAGCAGGCCUUGUGGGAAGAGCAAAGGCAAUAAUUCAGCUGAAGCCAAGGAACCCUGACUGUGUACUCAAAACAUCCAUUCCAAUUAAAGCCAUCUGUGACUAUAGACAAAUUGAGAUAACUAUUUACAAAGAUGAUGAGUGUGUAUUAGCAAACAACUCCCAUCGUGCUAAAUGGAAAGUCAUUAGCCCCAGUGGUAAUGAGGCCAUGGUUCCAUCUGUAUGCUUUACAGUUCCUCCACCAAACAAAGAAGCAAUAGAUACAGCCAACAGGAUUGAACAGCAAUUUCAGAAUGUUCUGGCCCUUUGGCAUGAGUCACAUGUAAACAUGAAGAGUGUGGUGUCCUGGCAUUACCUGACAAAUGAAAUUGAAGUUGUUCGAGCUGGCAAUGUUGCCUCAAUAAAGACAAUGCUGCCAGGUGAGCAUCAGCAGGUUCUAAGCAAUUUACAGUCCCGCUUUGAUGAUUUUGUGGAAGACAGCCAGGAGUCCAAAAUCUUUACAAGCUCUGAUACAGCACAGCUGGAAAGGGAAGUUAAUGUUUGCAAGCAAUACUAUCAAGAGCUUCUGAAGUCUGCAGAAAGAGAGGAGCAGGAAGAAUCUAUUUAUAAUCUGUACAUCUCUGAAGUCAGAAAUAUCAGACUACGACUGGAGAGUUGUGAGGAGCGGUUAAUACGGCAGAUCCGGACACCGAUGGAGAGGGAUGAUGUACAUGAAAAUGUGCUUAGGAUUUCAGAGCAAGAGAAACUGAAGAAAGAACUGGAUCGACUCAAGGACGACUUGGGAGUCAUCACAGAUAAAUGUGAAGAGUUUUUCAGUCAAGCUGCUGGUUCACCUUCAGUCCCUACUCUGCGCUCUGAGCUCAAUGUUGUUAUACAAAACAUGAACCAAGUUUACUCCAUGUCUUCCAUUUUCAUAGAUAAAUUAAAAACCAUCAAUUUGGUGCUGACGAACACCCAAACAGCAGAAUCAUUAGUAAAACACUAUGAAACUAAGUUGUGUGAAGAAGAGGCAGUAACAGCUGACAAAAACAAUAUUGAAAAUUUGAUGGGUACAUUAAAGCAAUGGAGAUCUGAGGUAGAUGAGAAAAGACAAACAUUCCAUGCCUUAGAGGAUGAACUGCAGAAGGCAAAGAUGAUCAGUGAUCAGAUGUUUAAAAUGCACAAGGAACGUGAUCUUGACUUUGACUGGCAUAAAGAAAAAGUUGAUCAGUUGGCUGAGAGGUGGCAAAAUGUUCAUUCUCAAAUUGAAAAUAGGUUGCGUGAUUUAGAAGGUAUUAAUAAAUCUCUGAAGUAUUAUAAAGAUACUUACAAUUCUUUGGACACUUGGAUUCAACAAGUGGAAGAUACUCAGCGAAAGAUUCAAGAAAUACAUCCUGAAAAUAGCAAAGCAUUGGCUAAGCAGUUGAACCAACACAAGAUGCUGGUUUCUGAGAUUGAAAUGAAACAAAGCAAAAUAGAUGAAUGCCAGAAAUAUUCAGAACAAUACUCAGCUGCUGUGAAGGACUAUGAGUUGCAGACCAUGACCUACAGAGCUAUGGUUGACUCCCAACAAAAAUCUCCAGUAAAGCGACGAAGAAUUCAAAGCUCAUCAGACUUCAUUAUUCAAGAGUUCAUGGAUCUACGGACUCGGUACACUGCCUUAGUGACCUUGAUGACCCAAUACAUUAAGUUUGCAGGUGAUUCCUUGAAAAGACUGGAAGAGGAAGAGAAAUCAAUGGAAGAGGAAAAGAAGGAACAUGUUGAGAAAGCUGGGGAUUUACUGAAAUGGGUGUCAAACCUCAGCAAGACACUCAGCAAAGAAGAAGGAGAAAAGGCUGAAAAGACAGAUUUACCUAAGCAGCAGAUUUCCCUUCAUGAAAUGUCAACCAAGAAAGAACAAAUAGCUGAAGCUCUGCAGACAACUCAGUCAUUUUUAGCUAAGCACAGUGACAAAAUGACAGAUGAAGAGAGACAUGAAAUGGAAAAGCAAGUUAGAUCUCUCCAGGAAAGCUACAGCUUGUUAUCCAAUGAAGCUUUAAAGCAGCUGCAGGAAGCACAUCUGGGUGAUGAAAAGAUGGAAGAAAAGGACGUGGCUGAGCGGCAGCAGGAGUGCAAGGAGAAACUGCAGGAGAUCUGUGAUUUGCUUACACAGACUGAAAAUCGACUCAUUGGGCAGCGACAGUCCCUUGGUAUUGGAGACAGCAAGGCUGAGCUGGAACAAUACCAGACCAAACAGGAGGAGAUCCAAAAAGACAUGAGAACAAGUGCCCAGACACUGGCAGAGAUUGUGAAAAAUACUGAAGCCUUCUUGAAAGACAAUGGAGAAAAGUUGUCACAAGAAGACAAGACUAUUCUGGAACAGAAACUAAAUGAAGCUAAGACAAAGUGUUUGCUCCUUAGCCAGAAGGCAGAAGAGUCCAAAAAAGAACUGGAUAAAGCUAUGACAACAGCAAUUAAGCAGGAAACAGAAAAGGUUGCAGCCAUUGAACAGCUGGAAGAAAGUAAAAAUACCAUAGAAAACCUUUUGGAUUGGUUAUCAAAUGUGGACAAAGAAGCAGAGCAUGGCCGGAAAUUUAAGCAAGUGAUAGAACAGAAUGGAACACACUUUGAAGAAGGAGAUGUGAAAGUUUUGGAAGGAGAGGAGGAUGAUGUCAAUGGGAAUCUGCUGGAAAUGCAGCAAGACAUUGAAACUCAGGUGGAUGGACUUGUGAAAAGCAUAGAUGAUAAUCUGAACCAGCAGUAUCAGAAAGUCAAGGCUCAACAUGAGAAAAUUAUUUCACAGCAGCAGGCUAUCAUAGUAGCAACUCAGUCUGCUCAAGCACUGCUUGAGAAGCAAGGGCAUUACCUUACCCCUGAAGAAAAGGACAAGAUGCAAAGGAACAUGAAAGAGCUGAAGGCUCAGUAUGAGACUGCUUUGGCUGAAUCAGAACGAAAAAUGAAAUUGACCCAUUCUCUGAGGGAAGAAUUGGAGAAAUUUGAUGCAGACUAUAGUGAAUUUGAAACGUGGCUGCAGCAGGCAGAACAAGAACUUGACAAUUUGGAGGCAGGGGCUUCUGACUUCAGUGGUAUUAUGGUCAAACUGAAGAGGCAGAAGAGUUUCUCAGAAGAUGUUAUAUCUCACAAAGGUGAUUUACGCUAUAUCACAAUUUCUGGACAAAGAGUUUUGGAUGCUGCGAGGUCAUGUAGCAAAAGAGAUGGUGUGAAGGUUGACAAAGAUGGCAUUGAUACUUCAGCUACGUAUGCUGAAGUGCAGAACAAACUGGACAGAGCUUCAGAUCGCUUCAAAUCUCUCUAUACUAAGUGUAGCAUCCUUGGAAAUAACCUUAAAGACCUGGUGGAUAAAUACCAGCAUUAUGAAGAUGCCUCAUCUGGACUUUUGUCAGGUCUCCAGGCCUCUGAAAUAGCUGUGAAUAAACAACUAUCAGAGCCAAUUGCAGUGGAUCCCAAAAAUCUCCAAAGACAACUUGAAGAAACCAAGGUUCUUCAGGGACAAGUGUCUAACCACCAAAUUGCUGUAGAAAAACUGAAAAAAGCUGCUGAAGUGUUAUUGGACACAAGGGGAGAGUUGACACCAGACAAAGAUGAGAUUCAGAAAACACUGGAUGAUAUCGUGGAAAGAUAUGACAAUUUGUCCAAAUCUGUGAAUGAAAGGAAUGAGAAGCUUCAAGUAACUCUGACACGAUCCCUAAGUGUGCAGGAUGGUUUGGAUGAAAUGCUUGAUUGGAUGGAAGGAGUUGAAAAGAGCCUUAAAGAACAAGAUCAAGUACCUUUGAAUUCUGCUGCUAUUCAGGACAUUAUUAGUAAAAGCAUUAUGCUAGAACAAGACAUUGCAGGUCGCCAAAGCAGUAUAAACACCAUGAAUGAAAAAGUGAAGAAGUUCAUGGAAACAGCAGAUCCAUCCACUGCAUCCACACUCCAAGCUAAAAUGAGUGAGCUCGCAGGACGGUUUUCUGAAGCAAGUAACAAGCAUAGAGAGAAGCUUAUGAAAAUGGAGGAAUUAAAGACUAAAGUGGAGUUAUUUGAAGGUCUUUCAACAAAACUUCAGUCAUUUUUAGAUGAGAAAAACCGGGCUCUAAGUGAGACAGAGGCACCAAGAAAGGAUGUCAGUGAAGUGUCCCAAUACAUGCAGGAAGCUAGUGUAGAAUUGGCACAACACAAGAAGGAUCUGGAAGUUUUGAAGCAGCUCCUUGAAGAACUUUCAUUCCAUGCUCUUCCUGGAGAUAAAGCACUGGUAUCAGAAAAAGUAAAUUCUUUGUCAAAGAAAUUCAAAGAGGUAGAGGAGACAAUAAAAGAAAAAGAAGAGGAUGUAUCAUCUUGUCAAAAACAAAUGGAUGAUUUUGAGCUCCUUGUAGAAUCAUUAAAGAAAUGGAUAAAAGAGACGACAGAACGAAUUCCAGCAGCACAGCCCUCUCUGAAUACAGAGGAGUUAAAGAAACCUUUGGAAGAUACAUUGAAUUUAAAAGAUGAAUGGACAUUAAAGGCACCUGAACUGCAGAAAAUGAAUAGCAGAGGAACCUUGCUGUGUAGCUUAAUCACUGCUGUGACUUCUCCUGCAAAACUGAGAGCAGUUGCCAAAUCAGGUGGCACAAUUUUAAAUGGUGAAGGAGGAGCUCCAGGAACUCAGGAUUUCUUGAAAAAUAAAGAACUGACAACUGUUCAACAAGCCAUGUCUAAUGUAAAUCACAGCUAUGAAGAUUUGGGAGUUUUGUUGAAUGAAAAGAUUUCAGAACUAGAAAGUAUGCUUUCAAAAAUGCAAAAUAUUCAGGAAGAAUCAGCCUCAAUGAUGCACUGGUUGCAAAAAAUGGACAAAACUGCAUCAGACUGGGAAGCUGCUCCAACAGAUAGUGAAGCAGUUAAAGCCCAAGUUGAACAACAUAAGCUUUUUGAAACUGAAUUAAAGCAAAGUGCAAAUAAAGUGCAGGAACUGAAGGACAAAGUUACAGAGCUGUUGGAGAAGAACCCUAACUCUCCUGAGGCACCUAAGUGGAGACAAACAUUGGAUAAAAUAGAUUCCAAAUGGAAAGAGCUCAAUCAAGUUACAUCUGAGAGACAACAAAAACUGGAGGAGUCUUCAAAUUACCUGAUCCAGUUCCAGACAGCAGAAGCUCAGCUAAAGCACUGGCUUGUAGAAAAGGAGCUAAUGGUCAGUGUGCUGGGACCAUUAUCAAUUGAUCCUAAUAUGCUGAAUACACAAAAGCAACAGGUUCAGAUUCUGCUCAAAGAGUUUGACACCAGGAAGCCACAAUAUGAGCAGUUAACUAUGGCUGGGCAGGGGAUUCUGGAGAGACCUGGUGAACACCCACCCUCACAUGAAAUUGUAAAAGAGCAACUGGCAGCUGUGGCACAGAAGUGGGACAGUCUAACCAGCCAGCUGAAGAAGAGAUGUGACCGAAUUGACCAAGCCAUUGUGAAAAGCACAGAGUAUCAAAGUUUACUCAGAAGUCUCUCUGAUAAGCUAAGUGCCUUGGAUAAUAAACUCAGCAGCAGCCUGGCUGUGAGUACACAGCCUGAUGCUGUGAAACAACAGCUGGAAAUUGCUAAAGAAAUGAAGGAGGAAAUAGAACAGGAAAUGAAGAAUAUAAAUGUAGCACAAGCUCUUUGUGAAGAGCUGUCAACACUGGUUGGGGAAGAGUAUUUGAAAGCAGAACUUACAAGACAGUUAGAUGGCAUCUUAAAAUCAUUUAAGGACAUCGAGCAAAAAUCAGAUAACCAUGUUCAGCAGCUUCAGUCAGCAUAUACCACUUCUCAUCAGUUCCAGCAGAUGUCCAAAGACUUUGAGGCCUGGCUAAGCAAAAAGAAAGAAGAGCUGAACCAGGCUUGUCCUAUUUCAGCCAAACUUGAGGCCUUGCAAUCACUCAUUGAAGAACAGAAAGAUUUUAAGAAGACAAUGACUGAUCAGAUUAGUUCCUAUGAAAGAAUUGUUGCAGAAGGAGAAAGUAUCUUACAGAAGACUCAAGGAGAUGACAAAGCAGAGUUACAAUCCCAAAUUGCCACACUCAAGAAUAACUGGGAUGAAAUGAAAAAAAAGGUUAAAGAAAGGGAAGAUAAAUUAGCAGAUUGUCUGGAGAAAGCCCUCAAAUAUAAGCAGCAUGUAGAAAAUCUGCAGCCAUGGAUAGAGAAGUGCCAAAGCAACCUGUGUGAACUGAAAGUUGGCAUAAACCCUGUUGAAAUAGAGGAUUCUAUUGUUCAGGUGAGGGCAUGGCAGAAGGACCUGGAUAAACACCAUGGGAUGGUGGAACUAAUAAACAAUUCUGCUGAAAGUUUGCUCAAUGCAAGUCAAACAGAUAAAGAAAUUAUUCAAGAAGAAACUAAGGUGCUGAAUCAGAAUGUGAAAGUGGUUACAGAACAGUUACAUAAGAAGAGAGAGUGCUUGGAAAAUAUGGCACAAAGACUGAAAGAGUUUCAGGACUCAUCCAGGGAAACUCAAAGACAGCUUAAAAGUGCCAAAGAGCAUCUGGAAGCUCAUGACUCACUUGGACCACAGUCAUUCAGUAACAAACACCUGACAAUGAUGCAGGCCCAGCAGAAAGCCUUGCAAGCUUUAAAGCCUCACGUUGAUUUAGCAAAAAAGCUUGCCCAAGAGCUGGUGGUAGAAGCUUCUGAUUCAGCAGGUGUUUCUGACCUCUUACUCCAAGCUGAAUCUUUGGAGCAAGAAUACACUGCAGUGAAGCAGCAAGUUGAGGAUAGGUGCUCAUUCCUAGAGACCAAACUGCAGGGAAUUGGCCACUUCCAAAACAGCAUCCGAGAGAUGUUCUCUCAGUUUGCAGAGUUUGAUGAUGAACUUGAUAGCAUGGCUCCAGUGGGGAGGGAUCUCAAGGUACUGCAGUCACAGAGAGAGGACAUUAAAUGUUUCAUGAAAAAGUUGGAGGAUCUUAUAAUGAAUAAUGAAAAUGCUAAUAAAAACUGUAAAAUUAUGCUGGCCACAGAAGCUGAAGCUUCUCCUGAUCUUGUUGGUAUAAAGAGAGACUUGGAAGCUCUAAAUAAGCAGUGCAACAAGCUAAAAGACAGAGCAAAAGCCAGGGAAGAUCAAGUGGAGGGUACUAUUUGCCGUGUUGAGGAGUUUUACACUAAGCUAAAAGAAUUUUCCACUCUGCUUGGGAGAGCUGAAGAACAUGAAGAGUCACAAGGUCCUGUUGGAAUGGAAACAGAAGCUAUUAAUCAGCAGCUGAAUACAUUCAAGGUAUUCCAGAAAGAAGAAGUUGAACCCUUACAAGUAAAACAACAGGAAGUAAAUUGGUUGGGUCAGGGCCUUAUUCAGAGUGCUGCUAAAAGUACCAGCACAGAAAACCUUGAACACGACCUUGAAGAUGUCAACACCCGAUGGAAGACUCUUAAUAAGAAGGUUGCCCAGCGUGCUGCACAAUUGCAGGAAGCCCUCCUCCACUGUGGGAGAUUUCAGGAUGCCCUUGAAUCUCUGCUUAGCUGGCUCAUUGAUACAGAAGAUCUUGUGGCUAAUCAGAAACCACCAUCUGCUGAAUUCAAAGUUGUCAAGGCCCAAAUACAAGAACAGAAGCUCCUGCAAAGGCUGCUGGAUGACCGCAAGCCAACUGUUGAGGCAAUCAAGCGCGAAGGGGAGAAAAUUGCGGAGUCAGCAGAGCCUGCUGAUAGAGUGAAGAUCCUGAAACAGCUGAGUUUCCUGGACAGCCGAUGGGAUGCCUUGCUCAGUAAAGCUGAAACAAGGAACCGUCAGCUGGAAGGCAUCUCGGUGGUAGCACAGCAGUUCCAUGAAGCUCUGGAGCCACUGGUGGAGUGGCUGACAGCCACAGAGAAGAGACUUGCAAAUGCAGAACCCAUUGGGACACAGGCCUCCAAACUGCAGCAGCAGAUUGCUCAGCAUAAAGCCCUAGAAGAUGAUGUCCUAGCUCACAAUAAGAGUUUGCAUCAGGCCAUUAGUGCUGGUCAGUCUCUAAAGACUAUGAGCUCCAGGGAAGAUAAAGAUAUGGUGCAGGAAAAGCUAGAUUCUGCUCAGGCACGAUACAUUGAGAUUCAAGAGAAGAGCAACAGCAGGUCUGAACUUCUCCAGCAAGCUUACAGCAAUGCUCAGAUUUUUGGGGAGGACGAAGUUGAAUUGAUGAACUGGCUGAAUGAAAUCCAUGAUAAACUGAGCAAAUUGUCAGUCCAAGACUGCAACACAGAAUUGCUUGAGAAACAGCACACUGAACUACUGGAUCUUCAGGAAGAGAUUCUUCUUAGAAAACAAAAUGUUGAUUUGGCUAUACAAAAUGGCUUAGAGCUUCUCAAGCAAACAACAGGUGAUGAAGUUGUAAUUGUUCAAGAUAAACUGGAAGGCAUUAAAGCGAGAUACAAAGAUAUUACAAAAUUAAGUUCUGAUGUAUCCAAGACUUUGGAGCAGGCUCUGCAGCUUGCAGGCCAACUGCACUCAACUCAUGAGGAACUCUGCAAAUGGCUUGAUGAAGUAGAGAUGGAGUUACUCUCAUAUGAAAGUCAAAUACCAAAGGGUGAAGAAUUAAGCCAAGUACAAGAAAGACAAAAAGAGCUGAAGAAAGAAGCAAAGAACAACAAAGGCUUAGUGGACACUCUGAAUGAGGUUGGCAGUGCCUUCCUGGAGCUGGUGCCGUGGAGGGCCAGAGAGGGGCUGGACAAGAUGAUAACGGAGGACAACGAACGUUACAGAUUAGUGAGUGACACCAUCUCUCAGAAGGUGGAUGAGAUCGAUGCUGCCUUCCUGAGAUCCCAGCAGUUUGAUCAAGCAGCUGAUGCUGAAUUUGCCUGGAUUGCAGAAACAGAAAAGAAACUGAUGUCUCUGGGUGAUAUUAGGCUUGAGCAAGACCAGACCACUGCUCAGCUGCAAGUUCAAAAGGCUUUUACCAUGGAGAUUUUAAGGCACAAAGAUACUAUAGAUGAACUUGUUAAAUCUGGGGAUAAGAUCAUGAAAACAUGCACUGAAGAAGAGAAACAGAUGAUGAAGAAAAAAAUUGAAAGCCUCUUACAGAAAUAUGAUCAAGUCUGUCAAAUGAACUCAGAGAGAAACCUCCAGCUGGAACGGGCUCAGUCCCUAGUUAACCAGUUCUGGGAGACUUAUGAAGAGCUUUGGCCAUGGUUAACUGAAACAGAAAUGAUCAUCUCUCAGCUUCCUGCACCAGCCCUUGAAUAUGAAACAUUAAAACAACAGCAAGAAGAACACAGGCAACUGCGUGAGCUGAUUGCUGAGCACAAGCCUCAUAUAGAUAAGAUGAACAAAACUGGGCCUCAGUUGCUGGAGCUGAGCCCAGGAGAAGGCUUUUCUAUCCAAGAGAAAUAUGUGGCAGCUGACACCCUGUACAGUAAAAUUAAGGAAGAUGUCAAAAAGCGAGCACUGGCACUGGAUGAAGCCAUUUCUCAGUGUACCCAGUUCCAUGACAAGAUAGAUCCAACUCUGGAGAGUCUGAAGCGCAUAGUUGAACGUCUGAGGCAGCCACCUUCGAUCUCAGCAGAGGUUGAGAAGAUAAAAGAGCAGAUCAGUGAAAAUAAGAAUGUGUCAGUGGAUCUGGAAAAACUUCAGCCAGUGUAUGAGACACUUAAACAGAGAGGGGAGGAGAUGAUCGCUCGCUCAGAAGGUGCUGAUAAGGAUAUGUCUGCUAAAGCUGUUCAAGAUAAACUAGACCAAAUGGUCCUAAUUUGGGAAGACAUCCAGACCCUGACUGAGGAAAGAGAGGCCAAACUGUUGGAUGUAAUGGAACUAGCUGAAAAGUUCUGGUGUGAUCAUAUGGCUCUUGUAGCUACUAUUAAAGAUACUCAGGACUUCAUUCGAGAACUGGAGGGACCUGGAGUUGACCCAUCUGUAGUCAAGCAACAGCAAGAAGCUGCAGAGGCUGCUAAAGAAGAAAUUGAUGGACUACAAGAAGAGCUAGAAGCAGUUGUGAGCCUUGGCUCUGAGCUGAGAGCUGCUUGUGGAGAGCCUGACAAACCCAUUGUCAACAAGAGUAUAGAUGAGCUGAAUUCUGCCUGGGAUGCACUAAACAAAACAUGGAAAGAACGUGUGGAUAAGCUUGGGGAAGCUAUGCAGGCAGCUGUUCAAUACCAAGAUGGACUACAGGCGUUAUUUGACUGGGUAGACAUUGCUGGUGGCAAGUUAGCAUCUAUGUCCCCAGUUGGAACUGAUCUGGAGACAGUGAAGCAGCAAACAGAGGAACUUAAGCAAUUUAAGACAGAAGCUUAUCAGCAGCAGAUAGAAAUGGAAAGACUGAACCAUCAGGCAGAACUAUUGCUAAAGAAAGCAACACAAGAGAGUGACAAGCACACUGUUCAAGACCCUCUCUCAGAGCUCAGACUAUUGUGGGACAGCCUUGAAGACAAAAUUAUAAGUAGACAGCACAAGCUGGAAGGUGCCUUGUUGGCCUUGGGGCAGUUCCAGCAUGCCCUGGAUGAGUUACUGGCAUGGCUGACACAUACAGAAGAGUUGCUGAAUGAACAGAAACCCGUGGGUGGAGACCCCAAGGCUAUUGAAAUUGAACUUGCCAAACAUCAUGUGCUACAAAAUGAUGUUUUCGCUCAUCAGUCUACGGUGGAAGCUGUUAAAAAAGCAGGAAAUGACCUGAUUGAAUCAAGUGCUGUUGAAGAAGCAAGUAAUUUACGGAGCAAGUUGGAACUCCUGAAUCAGCGCUGGCAAAACUUGUUGGAAAAAACAGAGCAAAGGAAACAGCAGCUGGAUAGUGCCUUGAUCCAGGCUCAAGGUUUCCAUGGUGAAGUUGAGGAUCUGCAGCAAUGGCUGACAGACACUGAACGUCAGCUGUUGGCAUCAAAACCUGUUGGAGGCUUACCAGAAACAGCAAGAGAGCAGCUUAAUGCACAUAUGGAACUUUGUGCUGCCUUUGAGGCCAAAGAAGAGACAUACAAGUGUCUAAUGCAAAAAGGCCAGCAGAUGCUUGCAAGAUGCCCAGAGUCUGCUGAAACAAAUGUUGAGCAGGACAUAAAUAACUUAAAAGAAAAAUGGGAAUCUGUGCAAACAAAACUCAGUGAAAGAAAAACCAAACUGGAAGAAGCCCUCAAUUUAGCAAUGGAGUUCCACAACUCACUUCAAGAUUUCAUCAACUGGCUUACUCAGGCUGAGCAGACUCUAACUGCAGCAUCUCGGCCAAGUCUUAUCUUGGACACUGUCUUAUUUCAAAUUGAUGAACACAAGGUUUUUGCCACAGAAGUGAACUCUCAUCGAGAUCAGGUCAUAGAGCUGGACAAAACUGGAACCCAUUUGAAAUAUUUCAGCCAGAAACAGGAUGUUGUCCUUAUUAAGAAUCUGCUGAUCAGUGUACAGAGUCGAUGGGAAAAAGUAGUCCAACGCUUAGUUGAAAGGGGAAGAGCUUUGGAUGAUGCAAGGAAAAGAGCCAAACAGUUCCAUGAAGCCUGGCAUAAACUUAUGGAAUGGCUGGAAGAAUCAGAGAAAUCUCUGGACGCAGAUCUUGAAAUUGCAAAUGACCCUGACAAAAUAAAGAUGCAGCUUGCACAGCAUAAGGAAUUCCAGAAAUCUCUUGGUGCCAAACAUUCUGUGUAUGAUACCACGAAUAGGACUGGACGUUCCUUGAAAGAGAAAACCACCUUGGCUGAUGACAAUUUGAAGCUUGAUGACAUGCUGAGUGAACUAAGAGAUAAAUGGGAUACAAUUUGUGGAAAGUCAGUGGAAAGACAAAAUAAACUGGAGGAAGCCCUGCUAUUUUCAGGACAGUUUACUGAUGCUCUGCAAGCUCUCAUUGACUGGUUAUACAAAAUUGAACCUCAACUAGCAGAAGACCAACCAGUACAUGGAGACAUCGAUUUAGUAAUGAACUUGAUUGACAACCAUAAGGUUUUCCAGAAAGAGCUGGGAAAAAGAACAAGCAGCGUCCAGGCUCUGAAGCGCUCUGCAAGGGAGCUGAUAGAAGGCAGUCGUGAUGACUCUUCCUGGGUCAAAGUCCAAAUGCAGGAGCUGAGCACUCGCUGGGAGACAGUUUGUGCCCUCUCAGUAUCCAAGCAAACACGACUGGAACAGGCCCUUCGGCAGGCAGAAGAAUUCCACUCAGUUGUCCAUGUCCUUUUGGAGUGGCUGGCAGAGGCAGAGCAGGCUCUUCGUUUCCACGGCAUCCUCCCAGAUGAUGAAGAGGCCUUGCGAACGCUGAUAGAGCAGCACAGGGAAUUUAUGAAGAAAUUGGAAGAGAAAAAGGCAGAACUGAAUAAAGCAACAGGUAUGGGAGAAGCUAUUCUGGCUAUCUGCCACCCAGACUCCAUCACCACCAUUAAGCACUGGAUCACCAUCAUCAGAGCCAGGUUUGAAGAGGUCUUAGCAUGGGCUAAACAGCAUCAACAGAGACUGGCAGGAGCUCUGGCUGGACUCAUUGCUAACCAGGAGCUGCUGGAAGCCUUGCUGUCCUGGUUGCAGUGGGCAGAGACUACACUGACUGAAAAAGACAAAGAGGUCAUCCCCCAGGAGAUUGAGGAGGUUAAAGCACUUAUAGCUGAACAUCAGACAUUCAUGGAAGAAAUGACCAGAAAACAGCCUGAUGUGGAUAAAGUUACAAAGACCUAUAAAAGGAAAGCACUUGAACCCUCUCCAGUACAAUCUCAUAUUCCUGUCCUUGAUAAGGGGAGAGCAGGAAGAAAGCGUUCCCCAACACCAGGCAUUUAUCCCUCAGCAGCCCAGGCACAAAUUGAAACCAAGAAUCCACGGGUAAACCUUUUAGUCAGCAAAUGGCAGCAAGUUUGGCUUCUGGCAUUGGAAAGAAGGAGAAAACUUAACGAUGCUUUGGACAGACUUGAAGAGCUGAGAGAAUUUGCCAACUUUGAUUUUGAUAUUUGGAGGAAAAAAUACAUGCGGUGGAUGAACCAUAAGAAGUCUCGAGUGAUGGACUUCUUUAGGAGGAUUGAUAAAGAUCAGGAUGGAAAGAUUACAAGACAGGAAUUCAUUGAUGGAAUUCUUUCUUCAAAGUUCCCUACAAGCAGACUUGAAAUGAGUGCUGUUGCAGACAUUUUUGAUAGAGAUGGUGAUGGAUAUAUUGACUAUUACGAAUUUGUAGCAGCUCUUCAUCCAAACAAGGAUGCAUACAAGCCUCUCACAGAUGCUGACAAAAUUGAAGAUGAGGUUACAAGGCAGGUAGCGAAAUGUAAAUGUGCGAAACGGUUUCAAGUGGAACAGAUUGGGGAUAACAAGUACAGGUUCUUCCUGGGAAAUCAGUUUGGUGACUCUCAACAACUGCGCCUUGUUCGUAUCCUAAGAAGUACGGUCAUGGUCCGUGUUGGAGGUGGCUGGAUGGCACUUGAUGAGUUCCUAGUGAAAAAUGAUCCUUGCCGUGCUAAAGGGAGGACAAACGUGGAGCUGCGUGAAAAAUUCAUUUUGGCAGAUGGUGCCAGUCAGAGCAUGGCAGCUUUCCGACCAAGGGGCCGUAGAUCACGACCCUCUUCAAGAGGUGCUUCUCCCAACAGAUCCACUUCUCUGUCAAGUCAAGCUGGCCAGGCAGCUGCCCCACAGGCUGUUGCUACAAGUACACCGAAGACACCACAUCAUUUAACACGCAACUAUGGUAAACCAUGGUUGACAAACAGCAAAACAUCAACUCCUUCUAAGCCACCAGAAUCCUCAGACUAUCAAGGGUCAUCUGCAGAGGGAACACCAAUUCAAGGAAGUAAACUCAGACUGCCAGGGUAUCUAUCAGGGAAGGGUUUCCACUCAGGAGAAGACAGUGGCAUCCUGUCAACAGCAGCUACCAGAGUCAGAGCUCAGUUUGCAGACACCAGAAGAACUCCGAGCAGACCCGGCAGCCGAGCAGGAAGCAAGGCUGGCAGCAGGUCGAGCAGCCGCCGCGGCAGUGACGCGUCUGACUUUGACAUCUCAGAAAUCCAGUCUGUGUGCUCAGAUAUGUCAGAGACUGUUCCUGCCACCAGCAGGCCGACACCCCGAGCAGGCUCUCGGCCAGGAUCCGCCAAGCCUUCGAAAAUUCCAACCCCCCAGAGAAGGCCACUAGCCAGCAAAUCGGACAAGUCCUUGAAGAGAUAAUAUGAUUGGCUCCAUAAAGGUCUUUUCCUUUUGCAUUAAAUAUUUAAGUUCAUAAGAUGUAAAAUAUUAUGUAGAAAUUACUGUGAAAUAUCGCAAGAGGUGGAUUUUUAAUUCUGCAGAUGGCCUUAUUUGUGUAUUUGUCUUCUUAUUUUAUGUGUAUAAUUUUUGUCGGAUUUUUUGUUUUGUUUUGCCAUAUCCUGUGAGAAGGGGAAGAGUUCUAAUGUAAACUAACAGUUGUACACAGUAACAUGUAGAAAGUACACUAAAAAUAAUUGCUGAAUGUACAGUGUACUGAAUGUACAGUAAGUCUCUGCAACCUCAAUAAAAAAGGCCUAUCACUAUGUCAUUAGUUAACAGUAAAGGAUACCUCAUGAUUUUUCUUUAAAAAAGAAAAAGAGAAUACUGAAAGCCAAAAGACACAAUUACACAUUUUGAGCUAACUAAACAAACACUAAAUGAUGUAUGUCAAAAGUACUAAGGAAUACAAACACACCUUCACAGUACCCUUAUUUAUACAGCAUCUCUCAGAGAACUCACAGAGUUAAUUAAGCACUUGCCAAUAAUAUGAUACUCCAAUACCUUGCAGCAUUUCUGUGCCAUUGCUUUCAAUGAGGCCAGACAAAUUCUGGAUAUCUGAACUAUUAUUCUGUAAGAAUAUCAAUAUAAAGUGCAUUCAUGUAAAUGUGAGGUUUUCUUUUGCUUGAGUGGAUGGUAGCACUGUAUCAUUGAACUCAUUUUGUAUCAAAGCAAUUUUGCUUGCAGAAAGCUCAGAAAUAAACAUGUCCCUUAACUUUAUUUCUAUUGUAUUUCUUAUUUCACAGGAAGGUAUUUUCUGUGUUAUGUUUUAGAGCAUAUGCCAUUUCAGAUGACCAAUAAUUACCAUAGGAACACAGGCUUUAAUGUUAUUUCCCAUUAUCAGCUAUCUGAUUUUGGUUAGCUACUGUAUUUGUUUAAUAAAACACUAAAUUGCACAUAUCA